CGAGCUCUCCCGAAACCAGCGCGAGCGGUGGCUGCAGCGCGAGCGGUUCCUCCUCCUCCUCCUCUUGUCUUCAGCAACAUGGCUGCAGUCGCGACCUCCACCAGAUUUACGGAUGAAUACCAGCUCUACGAAGAACUGGGAAAGGGAGCCUUCUCCGUUGUCCGACGAUGUGUCAAGAAGUCCACCGGCCAAGAGUAUGCUGCCAAAAUCAUCAACACAAAAAAGCUCUCAGCCCGAGAUCACCAGAAACUAGAGCGGGAGGCAAGAAUCUGUCGUCUGCUCAAACACCCAAACAUAGUACGACUCCAUGACAGUAUCUCAGAGGAAGGAUUCCACUAUCUUGUCUUUGACCUCGUCACUGGAGGAGAACUGUUUGAAGAUAUCGUUGCUAGAGAGUAUUACAGUGAGGCAGACGCCAGCCACUGCAUCAAUCAGAUUCUGGAGAGCGUCAGUCACAUCCACCAGCAUGACAUUGUGCACCGGGACCUAAAGCCAGAAAACUUACUCCUAGCCAGUAAGAUGAAGGGAGCAUCAGUGAAGCUGGCAGAUUUUGGUCUGGCCAUUGAAGUGCAGGGAGAUCAACAGGCAUGGUUUGGAUUCGCUGGGACACCGGGCUAUCUCUCUCCGGAGGUGUUGAGAAAGGAUCCCUAUGGCAAACCUGUGGAUAUCUGGGCGUGUGGUGUGAUCCUCUACAUUUUGUUGGUUGGCUAUCCUCCUUUUUGGGACGAGGACCAACACAAGCUCUAUCAACAAAUCAAGGCUGGUGCUUAUGAUUUUCCAUCGCCAGAGUGGGACACAGUGACCCCCGAGGCCAAGAAUCUGAUCAAUCAGAUGUUAACUAUUAACCCUGCCAAGCGCAUCACAGCGGACCAGGCCCUCAAGCAUCCCUGGGUCUGCCAACGUUCUACUGUGGCCUCAAUGAUGCACCGUCAAGAGACUGUGGAAUGUCUGCGCAAGUUCAACGCUCGAAGGAAACUGAAAGGGGCAAUCCUCACCACUAUGCUCGUGUCAAGGAACUUCUCAGUGGGACGGCAGCACACAAGCCCUGCCGCUACCACCAGCACUGCUGCUAUGGCACAGGAAGCUUGCAAAACCCUAUUAAACAAAAAGUCGGACGGUGUAAAGGGAAACGAGAGUAAAAACAGUGUAGUAAGCAGCAGCAGCACCAAAGACAGCAGCAUGUCAUCCUCAACAGUAAUGGAAGCCCAGACAACUGUUGUACACAACCCAGCUGACGGCACCAAGGGCUCCACCGAGAGCUGCAAUAACACAGAAGAGGAGGAGAUGAAAGGUAGGAAAGUGGCUUCCGGUGCGUCUGCUAGCACAGACAGCACGGUGUUAAGCCAGAGCAGCACUAUUGAAGAUCACACGCCGACUGCUCAGGGCGCACCUGUGACCUUUGGUCAGUUGGCGCAGGAGGCUUCGAGCAGCCCCAGUCUCCAGGUAGAUAAGAAUUCUGGUUCUGAGUCGGCCAGCAGCAGCUGCAACCUGCAGAAGACUCGCAAGCAGGAGAUCAUCAAAAUGACGGAGCAGCUGAUCGAAGCCAUCAACAACGGGGAUUUCGAAGCUUACACGAGAAUCUGCGACCCCGGCCUGACCUCCUUCGAGCCCGAGGCUCUCGGAAAUCUGGUCGAGGGAAUGGACUUCCACAAGUUCUAUUUUGAGAACCUUCUGAGUAAAAACAGCAAACCCGUCCACACCACCAUCCUCAACCCCCACGUGCACCUGAUCGGAGAGGAGGCGGCGUGCAUCGCCUACAUUCGCCUGACGCAGUACAUCGACAGCCAGGGCCGGCCGCGCUCCUGUCAGUCAGAGGAAACGCGCGUGUGGCACCGCCGUGACGCCAAGUGGCUCAACGUCCACUUCCACUGCUCAGGAGCACCGGCGGCACCACUGCAGUGAACCCAUGACCCGGGGCCAAGCUUUCCCUGAUCUCCAAAGGUGUUUGGAGCAUUUACUCUCCGUGGUCGGAGUCGUGUCUGGAUUCCGGCCGGAAAGAAGCUGCUUGGAACGAUGUAAAAACACAAAAGUGUGGGGUGGGGGAGGGGGGCUGAACAUCACAAUGUAGGAUUGAAAAAAACAAAACAAAACAAAAACACACAAAUAUACAUACUUCCAAAUCCUGGCUGACCCCCUGGUGGGGGGAGAGGGUGUGGGGGUGUCGUCCUGCAGAUCGUGCAUGUAUCUGGUGGUGGUGGUGGUGGUGUGUGUGGGGAGGGGGGGCUCAGUCCACUCCUCUCACAGCCUUUAUCCUCCUCCCCGUCUGAGUUUUUGUGUCUGGCAAAGUAUAAAAACAGACUUCAAAUAUCUAUCAUAUCAGUUCUGAGAGUCUCUCACGGGCAGAGACGUCACUGAAGGGACCUUUUUUUUUCUGCUUCCUCUCCUCUGGUUUUUGUUUUCUGUCUGGAGCGAUGCAGCCGGAUCGAUGGGGAUUAUUUAAGAUGUAUAAAUAGAUAUUUAUAUGAGAGCAUGUGUGCAAGGCGGGCGGGGGGUUGUGGGUGUGUUUUUUUAAAAAUAUUAUUUGAGGUCCCUUAUUGUAAAUACAAACAUAGACACACACCCUGCAUGUGCACUUGUGCGUCGGGUUUGACUGGUCCUGAAGUUGCAGAAUCCCAACCGCAAGGUGGCAGCAUUGGCCCGCCAUGCGGCUGUGUUCUUCCUCGCUGCGUUACAGAUCAGAGCACGUGUUUUUGUUUUCAGUAGUGGCACUGGACUGUUGCCGUCGACUUUCUGCAACUUCAGGCUUCCGUCCGACUCCCCGCCGUGACUCCUCCGCUGACCGGCCCCGUCACCUUAGUAGCACCACACGUGUGAUGGUACCGAUGAUGUCACCCUUUUGCCUGUCUCCUGUUCUGGUCGUCUUCUGAGGAAAAAAACAAAACACAAAAACACCAACGUAUUAAUGUCUGUCUUGGCUUGCUGUUCUCCUGUGUGAAGUCUUGGCACUAUUUUAGGAUAAAAAGCAUGUUCAAAAGGGAAUGCAGUGCCACCAUUCUGACCAAUAAUAAUGGAUUUAAAAAAAAAAAACCAAGGCAUGAUGGGAAAGGAGGGCUACGCUGGCCGGAGGCUGUGGGACCGUUUGACCUUUCUCUUGUGUUUCUUUGCUGAAGGCAAUCAAUGGAUCUGGUCCCUUCUCCUUCUGUUGUAAACGUCGUAGGUGUUCGUGUUUCGAUGUCGCUGUUAAAUCAGUUUUAUACACAAGUGGAAACUAAAAGUCUUCAAUUCCUCACACAAAAAAAGCACACCACUGACGCCCCCUGUUGGCUGUUGUGAGAGCUGCGUUCACACCACUGGUCUUCAGUUCGGGCUCCACCCGUCCUGGGGGUGAACUGCAGCCUUUUACUGGCGAAGACCGCUAUGACGUUACACUAGUGUGUACUGUAAAGAGGGUAUGAAUUUGGACAACAACCGGCUCCAGUGUAGCUUUUGAAUUUUAGCGCACAUUUUCUCUACUCAACAACGGCAUGCGCUUACGUCAUCACGGUCAAGAAGUAGCGAUGAGGCUGAGAAUCUUAGGCCGCACUGAGCAUCCGUGUCUCUCAGCGCCCCGUAUCCUGCUCUUCCCUCUACUCCCACUGUGUCCCGGAUCAGGAGGCGGUCGGAGUUGGCUGAAGCUAUCGUGACCUAAAAGUCAAAAGCCGUAACGACGUCCGAGUCAAGAUUAUGGUCGCGUCACUUCUCUGACGUCUUCGUGUUGCUGUCACGAACUUUUGACCCCAAAGUUUGAAACGCAGAUGAAAAAAAAAAAACCCAAAAAGACUUGUAGUGUGAACGCAGCCUCUGAAAGCUCUCAUCUCCAGUUGGAACGCAUGAUAUUUCUGCGAACCCUGUUUCACGAAUGUGGAGCGAUAAAUUUGACCGGAAACUGGGGGCAACGUUACGAAAGUCCCGUCACAACUACACGACAUUCCACCCAGCAAAGCUGAACCAGAACACAUGAGUCGUCGUCCUCAUCCUGCUGUGACGUUUCACUUCUGCUUUUCUGAUCCGCAUCUGCGAACACAACAGGGUAACAGGGAAGGACUCUCAUACUGUACAUAGACUACGUGACCAAAUAUCACACCCACAGACUCACAACAGUAUAUGCAGCUAACACACCGAGGAAAUAUGCAUGUCUCCGCUCAUCACUCUUCUCAGAACCGCCAGGUUCUGGACCAACAGUGAGAACCCUGAAAUCUCACCUCAUGUACGGAGUGAAAAAAAAAAGCCUUACAGUGGGUUGAUUCUCCCAAACGUUGGGCAUCAUUGUGUUGGCGGGAGGCUCCGCGCCGCUAUGGCAUUGGAUGCUGGAUUUCUAUGGUUCUUUCUAUGGUUCUUUUUUUGCAUGAGCAUUCUGGUAAUAAAAGUCCAACAGUUAAAAUUACAAGUGUUUGUCUGGAUGGUUGUUCUUGAUAGAUUUGUUAUUACUGAGCCUAUUUAAUAAAAAAUAAGAGCAUUAAA